UCUGAUCUACGUAUCGUUCUUAUAUUCAUAAAAGGAAGCUGUAGUAGACCUAGUUGUAUCCAAUCUAUAUAUAUACUUUUAUUCCUCGUUCGAUCGCUCGAAGUGUGCCUCGAGUUCUGCGUCAAUGUAGUUCGAGUUAUCGCGCAUCUGCCGCGUAUCCUCGACAUCCCCCACUCGAGGCGCAUGUGGAUGUGGACCAGCGCCAGCGGUCAGUGUGCGCGUUGACGCGCGCGUGUGUACAACAACGUUGUUUGUCUCUCGACGCGAGAGGAGUCGCGGAAUUUCGAGCGUGGAUCUUUCGUCCGCGUGUUUCGACGAUUGCACGAGGUCGCGCGAAAUUUCGCGAAACAAAUUGAUCCCGCGUGCGAGCGAAAAAGCGAAUCCGUCGUCGUCGUCGUCGCCGACGUCGACGACGAACGCGGGAUCGUCGACCGUGGGAAAAGUCGAAAAUGUUCCCACGCUCCCGCUACGUUGCGAGUGUAUGUCGCGCGUGCGUGUGAAAUUCCAGAGGGAGGAGGAAACGUGGGAGAGCGAGGCGGCGGUGUAGGAGAGAAAGGGAAAAAGGAGGAUGAGCGCCCAGGGGCAGGAGCACGGACACGCGGUGGUCGUGUGGGAGUGGGAGAACCGUCACGGACGAUGGAGGCCCUACAGCCCUGCUGUGUCGCAGCAUCUCGAGCGGGCCCAUUACAAGAAACUCACAAGGGUGUUUCUCAAUGAUGCGGAUCCCACCCUCGACAGGUAUUACAUAAAUUUGAAGACUAAGACACAAUGUAGCGAUGAUGGCGACGAAACAUACAAUGUAAGGAGAAAGUUUUAUGUACCGGGCUCACCAGCUGGCAAAGGUGCCAAGUGGGAAUGGACAGGCGAUUCGGACGAUUGGCAUACUUAUGAUAUGGAAGUCCAAUGCCUUAUAGAAGAAGCAUGGGCAAGAGGUGACAAGACCAUCGACAUUUCCAAAACUUACUUGGGGUUUCCCUACAUCAUCAACUUCUGCAAUCUGACACAAGUGAGAUGUUGUACGGGCUAUGUGCGACCAAUUAGACGUAUACAACAAGCGCCUUAUCCAUUGGUCAAAGUUGCACUGGAGGAAUUGCAAGUUUCUUCCGGGAGAAGAUCCAUGUCAGUCACAGUCAAGAAUUCCACUGUCAAGGUUGCACAUAAGAAAUCAUCUAACGGAAGCACCAAGAAGAGCAGCAAAAAAGGCAAAAGCGGGGAUACGAAUGGGCCGACAAAUAUCGCGCGCGUUAUUCUCAGCAAUUUCAAUAUAUUCAGCAGCAAACAUGGUAUCGAGAACAAUCCUGCGACAACAAACAUGGAGUCCGGUCAGAAGCGGAAGACGUGGGACACGGUGCUGGACGUCGACUCCAGUAGCACCAAGAGCGGUCGCAGGCCUAGCGUGGAUACCGUUUCUACAUAUUUAAGUCACGAAAAUCCGAUAGAUUUGCUAGAUAGCAGCAUGGGAAGCGAUGACGCGUUCAAGGAUUCUGGUCUUGGGAUGGAUACGGGGUCGGACGUGAUAUCUCGAUAUGUAAAGGUAGUUGAAAGCGAUGGAUCCGAUUCCUGUCCAGUAUGCCUGGGUGCUCCAGAACCAUUGACGGUCGAAUUAACGCGAUGCAGGCACAGAUUACACUUGGCAUGUCUGAAUGCGAUGCUUGGCUGCCAACAGCCACCCAUGUAUGUGCAGUGCCCGGUUUGCCGUAUGAUUUACGGCGAAAAAAGGGGCAAUCAGCCACCAGGAAUGAUGAAUUGGACGCGAAUUCCGCGGGCGCUGCCAGGUUUUCCGAACACCAAUACUAUACAAAUCACUUACGACAUUCCAUCCGGGAUUCAGACUAACGAGCACCCGAAUCCUGGUCAAGCGUAUUACGCCGUGGGCUUUCCCAGGGUAUGUUAUUUGCCGGACAACACUCUUGGUCGUCGAGUAUUAAGAUUGUUGCAAAUCGCCUUCGAGCGCAGGCUGAUCUUUACGAUCGGCCGAUCGGUCACAACUGGUCGCGAAGACGUCGUUACAUGGAACGAGAUUCAUCACAAAACCGAACUGGGCCCGUCCACAUCCGGCCACGGUUAUCCUGACCAGAGUUAUCUUGAAAGGACGCUCGCAGAAUUGGCAGCGCAAGGUGUGACUGAUGGACAAUCAUCGCCGAUAUAUCAACAGCUGCAUUAAUAUUACGUAUAAAAAUAGAUAAUCUGUAUGUAUGCAAGAAUAAGUUAUUCUGUAAAAAAAAUAACGUCAAA